CUGCAGGUGGUGACAUCAGACGAGCCAGUGCUCCGGGAGGACCUGCAGGCUGCAAAGAGGGUUGAGAAGUUUGAUAUUCAGCUGGACAGCCUGAAGAGGAUGUUUGAGAAGCCAGCUGCAACAAGGACUGAAGUCGCAGCCACUCCCCCGGCCAAAACAGUGACAUCCAGUAGCUCCACUCAGGCCGUCGAGUCAACACAUCAGAGCAUGGCCUCACCCCAGGAUGCCACUCAUCGUUACCACCAGUCCCGAGCUACUGUAUCCAGUCUGGUUAUGCAGAAAACCCAGAUCCUCUUUGCAAGAGAACUUCACGGAUUAUCUUCUCAGUUGGCUGCAUUCCGGUUACAAGGCUCCUCAGACUUCCUGCGAACGAACCUGGCUCACGCUACACCGUGCUCUCCUCCAAGAUCACUCACCUGGUGUCACCUCAACCUCAAGUGCAACCGCAAGUAAUUCUGGAUCCGGAGGUUCCAAGGAGAGUGCAGAGAACCAGGAGGCCGAGCCGGUGUCUGUGAAAGAGCGGCUGGCGAUGUACCAGGCUGCUGUGUCCAACAAGGAAAGCAGCAACUCUUCCUCUGCAGCGGUGAUGGAUGAGUCUGAGGCCUGCUCACUGCCUGGUGGUCUGGCCACUGUGAAGAGGCAGUUUGAGGGCCAUGAGUUCACCUCUUCAUCCUCCCAAUCCACCGUCACCCAGUUUCAUGUUCAGAAGAGAUCAGUCCAGGAAAUGUCAAGUUCCUCAGAGGUGACAGUGAAAAGCAGUGUCAGAGAGAUGAUCCCUCCAACAAGCCUUUCUCAACAAGAGGUGAUCCAUGAUCAAGGAGCCCAUCAUAACAAUGUGGCCGCCGGUUAUGGGAACCAUUACAAUGAAACAGUUAUGCUUGUCGGCGGAGAGGACCUACCAAAGGUUUCCACUCAGGCUUUGAAGCAACAGUAUGAAAAGACGAUUGAGGACGCAGCACCAGCAACGGAAACUAAGGUCGAUGUUGAUUUCAACCAGUUUCAGUGGGCACCAGUAAACCAGUCAUCCAACACCUCAACUGUAACAAGUUAUGACUCAUCUUCCACUGUAAAAACUUCUUCUGUAGUUGCAUCAACCUCAUCGGUGGCUUAUGAGGCAACAGAACAAUUCCCUCCCCCGCCUGCAAACCUGAUGCAGGUAACACAAGAACAUAGUGUCUCCUCCCAGUCCCAAGAGAAAGGCUCCCAAACAAAGUUUACUCUUGACAAGAAACAGUACUUCAAACACAAAAGCAUGGCUGAGCUGAAACGCCUCUACAAGCAUAUACAUCCAGAAGUGCGCAAGAACCUUGAGGAAGACUUCAUGAGUCAGCUUACAGAGGCAGAAAAAGCAGAGCUGGAAAGCAAGGAAACAGUCGGUGAUGUCCAGCAGACAUGCUAUAUGUUUGAAAAUGACAGCGUUAGCUCCAGUGAAUGCUCAAGCCCAGAUAGAGAAUACCUGGAGUGGGAAGAAAUUCUCAAAGGGGAAGUGCAGUCAAUGCGCUGGAUGUUUGAAAACAAGCCGCUUGAUACAAUCAAAGAUGACUCCCCAGACGAAAGUGAGGGGAGGAAUAUUGCCCAGCAGGAAAUCAUAGCUGGCAAAGAUGUUAGAUACACAGCUUGGAUGUUUGAGACUCAACCCAUGGACGCUCUUGGGACUGAGACUGCAGAUGCAACCCAGGAGUCUCAGAAACAGACUGAUCUUGCACGGGGGGAUGUACGCACUGCAACCUGGCUUUUCGAAACUCAGCCACUGGAUUGCCUGAAUAAGAUCUACCAAGAAGAGCAGGAGAACGAGUUCGUUGUCACCAAAGACAUCACUGGCGGAGAUGUAAAAACUGCCAGGUACCUCUUUGAGACCCAGCAUUUGGAUUAUCUGGGUAAAAUGGAAACCAUAGAGGAGAGUCACUUUCUGCACCUGAAGUCUGAGCUUGAAGAGAUAAAGGGGGAUGUGAAGACAACCACUCGUAUGUUUGAGACACAGCCCAUGUGUGUCAUCAGGGGGGAUUCUGGUGAAAUGCUGGAAAUUACUACCAUCCGCCGGGAGGAGACUGAGAAAGGAGAUGUGACGACUUCACGAUGGAUGUUUGAAACCCAGCCUCUUGAUAUGAUCAACAAAGAUCCUGCAAAGGUAAAGCUGAUAUGUGGUAUUUCCAUGGAGGACAACAUUCAAUCUGGCGUGAACAAAGGCAGAUGGCUUUUUGAGACAAAGACUCUUGACACCAUUAAGGAUGAGGAAUUGGAGACUUCUAGAAAUCAGAAGGAACAAAUAAUUGGAGCCGAUGUUAAGAGACACUGUCUUGUUUUUGAGACUCAGCCUAUGGAUACACUGAAAGAUAAUGCCAAUGCCCGACCCUUGACCCAAGAAGAGAUUGUAGGAGGAAAUGUUCGAUCAACCAAACAUCGAUUUGAAACAGUACCCAUGGAGAAUCUGAAAGAGCUCCAUGAAGUUGGAACACUUAAGAAAAUCAUUGCUUCUGAGGAAGAGAAGGGUGAUGUGAGACAUCAGAAGUGGGUCUUUGAAAGCCAACCACUGGAGAACAUACGGGAGGAAAAGAAGGAGAUUACAAGAACUGUGAACAUUGAAGCACUUGACAAAGGAGAUGUGACAAACUACAAAGAGAGGUUUGAAACCUUAGAUUUAAGUAAAUGUGAAGGGACACAGAAAAUCCACGUAGAAGGCGUCACAAGUGGAUCAGUUAAGUCCAACAGAGUAUUGUUUGAAUCCACUCCAAUGUAUGCAAUGCAGGACAGCUUUGGUCACUACCAUGAGGUGAAGACCGUGAGGCGUGAGGAAAUUGUGAAGGGAGAUGUGUGCAGCUGCAGGUGGAUGUUUGAAACACGUCCAAUUGAUGACUUUGAUGAAAGCAUCAAUAAGUUCCAGAUCAUAAAAGGGAUUUCCAAGCAGGAGAUUGAGUCUGGGGAUGUCAAAACUGCCAAGUGGUUGUUUGAAACACAGCCACUCGAUGCUAUAAAAUGUUUCAGUAACUUUGAGGAGGAAGAACAUAAGACUAAGAAAGAUAUUAAAAUAGAGAAAGGGGAUGUGAAAACUUGUAGGUGGCUUUUUGAGACCCAACCAAUGGAUGUUCUGUAUGAAAAGGUGGAAAAGAAUGAAGCAGGUGUGGAGGAAGUGCAAAAAGGUGAUGUGAAAACAUGCACUUGGCUUUUUGAGACCCAGACACUUGACAACAUUCGUGAUCACUCGGAGUCAGAAACUGAGACAAUUCUAAAGACCUGCACUGUAAAGCAAGAGGACAUUCAAGGUAAGGAUGUGGAAAUGGCUCGCUUCCUAUUUGAAACAGAGAACCUGGAAAACAUCACGGGUGAGGACAUUAGUUCUUUUAAGAGGGUCACGGAGAUCAAUAUCCAGUCUGGUGAUGUUUCCAGGAUGAAAUACAUAUUUGAGAAUCACUCCUCUGAUAUUAUGAGCUCUACAUCAGAGGAAAUGAUGCUGAAGCUGAAGAGGGAGCAGGCUGAGGACAUCCAAAGAGGAAACGUGGUCAACUGUACCUGGAUGUUUGAGAACCAACCAAUCGAUGCUAUCUGUGAUGACAGCACGAAGGUGAGGGAGAUCCGCACUAUAACUGAUGUUCAGGGAGGUGAUGUUGACAAGGGCCGCAUCAUUUUUGAAACAUACUCUCUGGAUCAAAUCAAAGAUGAGUCCACAGAGACAAAUAUUUCAAAACUCACUAAUAUCUUUGGAGAUGACAUUGUAAAAGGAGACGUGAAAAAUUACACAAUGAUGUUUGAAACUCAGCCGCUAUAUGCCAUCCGUGAUAAGGAGGGCCAUUAUCAUGAAGUGACAACUGUAACUAAAGAGGAAAUCAUGAGAGGAGAUGUGGUGGGGGCUCGAUGGCUGUUUGAGACAAAACCCUUGGAUUCAAUUAGAGAUUCAGAGGAGGUCUAUGUUAUUAAAGCCGUGACUGAGGAAGGCAUUAAUAAGGGAGAUGUUAGCUCUGCCAGGUGGAAAUUUGAAACACAACCUUUGGAUGAAAUUACAGAGGAAAUAAAAGUAAGAUCAAAAACAGUUGCAGAUAUCCAAGGGGGUGAUGUAAAGACAAACAAACAGCGUUUUGAGACUGAUGAGAUGUGUCAAAAGUACAUCAGAACUGUAAGUGUCAGUGAAAUUCAGAAAGGCGACGUCAGGUCUGCGACAUGGAUGUUUGAAACUCGCACAAUUGACGAUAUCCGCCGCGAUACCGAAGAGUACGAUGCAAUGGAAAGAGUGACAAAGAAGGAAGUGAUGAAAGGGGAUGUUAAACAGUCUGUGUGGCUCUUUGAGAGGCACCCCCUAGACAGAAUCAAAGAGACUGAUGGCACAGAGCCUACUGUGAUAAAGGAGGAAAUCCCACAGGCAGAUGUGAAGACAACUACAUGGCUGUUUGAAACUACUCCGUUUCAUGAAUUCAAUGAAAGCAGUGUGGAGAAGACAGAAAUAAUUGGUAAGAGUAUCAAGGAGACACUUGAAGAACUUUAUUGUCAGAAAAUACUGAACUCCCAGGGUAUCCUGAUUGAGGCAGAUGAAAUUGGUGAUGUCCGCAUGGCCAAGUACAAACUCUUGAACCAGGAGGUUCCACAAAUCCAAAAGGAGGAGGUCAUUAGAGGAGAUCUCAGCAAUAUAAUGAUGAACCUACUGAAUCGCACAGAGACGACUGAAAGGGUCAUAACUAUUGAUAAAGAGGAACGAGGAGACAUCAACACCACAGUGAAACAGCUGUUCAACCAGGGGAAGGGAGCAAGUGUUCAGAAAGAGGUAGUUGUUCGAGGGGAUAUUCAAGAGGCAAUAAACAACCUGCUCAAGAAUGAAGGGUCCUCUAAGCGUGGCAUUCUGAUUCAAGAAGAUGAAAAAGGUGACAUUAAGAUGACUAUCUAUUCUCUACUAAAUAAAGAGAAGCAAUCUAGUUUGGAGAAAGAGGAUAUAAUUCAAGGUAAUGUUAGCAAAACUCUUCACCGUCUUCUGUCCAACUCAGGAGAAGAAGACUCUAAAAGGAUAAAGAUUGAGGACACUGAAAGGGGUAAUGUCAGCUUUUACACAACAUGCAUUGAGUCUGGAGCUUUGGACUACCUCAAACAGCUUAAGUCUGAAUCUGAUGAGGUUUAUGAAGAGGUGCAGAAGGAGAGAAUCAUUGGUGGUGACAUAGAAGAGGCCAAACUUUUACUGCGGAAGAAUCAGCAGCAGAUUGGGCGCACAGUGGCAGAAGAUGACAUAGUACCAGGUGAUGUUCACAGCAUUGUUAAAGUAUUCAUGACAGAACCCACUGUUUCCUACAAAAACCUAGAGGAGAAGAACAUUGUGAAAGGCGAUCUUACUGCAGCCCUUGAUUUAUUGAGCCAAGCCAUCAAUCAGAAAGUGGUUGUAGAGAAAGAGGAGGUAGUUAAGGGGGAUAUUCCCAACACUUUGAAAUCUCUUGAGGAGGCCAAGAGUCAAGCCAAAGACAUGGAAAAGCCUGAAAUCAUUAAAGGUGACAUAAGAGGUGCUCUUGAAUCACUGGAGAAAUCUGCAACCUCAAAAACAGAAGUAACAGUUGAUGAUUUAGUUCCUGGUAAUAUAAAAGGGACCCUGAAAUGUCUAGAGGAGGCUAAGCAAGCUGUUAAAGAGAUGGAGAAAGAGGAGAUCAUUAAAGGAGACAUUUACACUGCCAUGCAAAAUUUGCAUGAGGCAUCAAGUGAGAAAAAGACCUACCAGCACCAAGUGAGCGAACAAGGGGAUGUUAGAGCCACCAUUCAGCUUUUACUGGAGCCAACUACCUCUCCAAAAAUGCAACGUAGGGGAAGUGUUGAAGGAGAUGUGAAAACAUCCAUAAAAUCUCUUUAUGAAGACCAGGAGACAACACAUAUGGAAAAAGAAGAGGUUGUUAAAGGGGAUGUUCAAGGGGCAAUAAAGUCCCUGAUGCAAAGAAAACAGUAUUCAAACAAGAAACGCAUGCAUCCUCCCAAGAAAGCAAAAAUGCCCAUGAAAAAUCCAUCAAGUGUAAAGCAAGUGGAGCAUGAAGGCUCACAUGAAGUCAUGAGUGAGAAUGUUGCACUCACUACAACCCCCACUGUGAAAAACCUCUCGCAGAGCAGAGAGUCACAGAUGAACACACAGAGGCAUCAUGAAAGCAAAUUGCUGAAAACGCAGGUAAUAACCCAAGAGGACCAUUCUGUUGCUGUAGUCAAAACAGACAAUCCUGCUGGGGCCUCUCAUCAGAAGAGCAUAAAAGAACAGAAAGACAAAGUGCUACCCCCACACAAAAUGCAAGCUCCUAAGCCUAUUAUGAUAAAGAAUACACAGAAGACUAUUAAUGAUCAAACAGAGAAUAAAGCUGCAGAUGUGACUGUGAUGAAUGAGGUACAAAACACAACACAGAUGAAUAUUUCAAAUAAGCAAAUGUGCGAGACAAAAACAAUCAAACAGGUGCAGACUACAGUUACUGAAAAGACUGUCAGGCAUAAACAAAAUGUAAUGGUAUCAGAGGAAAUAUCACAAAAGCAAAUGGAGAACAAGGCUGUAGGACAAAAGCAGAAUUUCAAAAAUCUUAAGAGUAAUCACCGGAACCUGGACAUGAAAGGGAAAGGAGUAAUCAAAAAGACAAAGCCAGAGAUUCACUUCCCUCCUCCACCCACCUCACCACCUCCACCCUCAGAGUCUGAGCACUCCCUCCCUCCGCCACCAUCACCAGUGACUGAGAGCCCAGCAUCGCCGAGUUGUCAGCCUCAUAUCAUGAGGCAGGACAGCGACCUGCCGCCUCCACCCCCACCACCUCCACCUCACAUAGAAUGCAUGAAGUCUGAGUCUGACUUUUUCCCACCGCCUCCCCCUCCACCAGCGCCAUCCUCUGUAGGAGGACCAGAUUUUCUUCCUCCACCUCCAUCACAGCAAGAGCUUAAUGAAAUGCCUCAACUUCCUCCUGCAAAGCAAGGAAAGUCUAUUGGAGUUACUUCAUUUAAAGUACCCAAGAAACCAGAACCUCAGAAGCAGCCUGCACAACUUAAACCCAAGUGGCAGAAAAAACAACCAACCCCUCCACCACCUUUGCCUCAUCUUCCUCCUGGUCAAGAAACAGCAGUGCCGACUGUCCAUAAAGAGGAGGUUAAAGUUCAAGACGUGAAACAGGAAGCAAUCCAACAGACUGAAGCAAGGAGUCAGUCUAAAGCAGCUGCUAUGUCAUCAACAAGAAUUUCAAGCAUUCCUUAUGUACAACAAGAGCAAAAGCAUAGUCCACAGCCACCCAAAAAAGUCUUUGUCCCUCCCAUAAAACUGCCUCCACCUCCAGACUCUGCUCCAGCCCCAAAGGAUCGGCCAUAUCCUCGAAAAUUUAAAACCCCUCUCAUGCUUGCAGAGGAAAGAUACCGCCAGCAAAAGCAAGAGAAGGAGGAAGAAGAAAAGAUUAAUGUCUUGACUCCAACUUCACCACAAAUGAAUAUACAAUCCUCAGCUACCAGUGCAGAACUCUAUGCAGCAGAGAGCGCUAAAAGAGAAGUGGCUUUAGAAGUAACAAAAGCCAAGAAUGAGGAACAAAUUAAGGCACAAGACUCACCUGCCAAGGAAACCCCUUCCCAAAUUCCUUUGAGCAAAGCAUCGGUCUCGGUAAAAAAUAAAAACUCAGCCCUUGCAUCUUCAAACGUGUCCUUAGAUAAAAAGCAAGUUUCCAGCACUGAAGCCACUAAAAAAGCCCUCACCUCGACUGAUACCUCUGUGUCUCAGUCACAUCACGAGGCCUCAGAAAAAGAAAUCCAUACAUGCUUGAACGUAGCUGCUGUCUCAGUCACGGAGCAGCAGCAGUUUAUUAAGAAAUCCAGCACCAGGUCCAACACUGCCACACAGAGUGCUGUCUGGGAUAAUGUAAAUCUUCAAAGCCCGGCUGCGGUCACACUGAAAACAGAGGAUGUAAAGAAUAUUAAUGUGCCUCUGACACAGGAGGGAAAAAUGAGUCCGUCUCAGCCAACUAAAAUUCCAAAGGUAGCUCCUAGUUUUAAAAUGAAAACAUUUAAAAUGCCAUCUGAGAAGACAGGAGCAAAGUCUGACAGUUUGGGGCAAAAAGAAAUAAUGAAAAGUGAAACUCAUUUAAAAAGAGAGAAAAGUCAGAUGUCACAGAGAGUUGAAUCAAAAGUGCAUUUGGAAAGCAACCAGCUUACCUCAACAAGAACUGAGCUGAAUACAGAAGUGAAAGAGAAUAAAAAUCAGGUGCCUCCACCGGUGAAGGGGGUUGAUGUGAACACUCACACAAAGAAGGGAAAGCAGGUGACAAAAAAUGAGACUGAAGUAAAGUUGUCACCAUCGGUUACUGUUUCAGUGCCUGUGGUGGCUAUGGUAACAUCUGUGCCAACCCAUCAAGGACAAAGCCUUGUGUCGGUCUCCCAUAGCCAGCAGAGCAUGAAGACAGAACAUAUUCAAAGACACAAGGAGGUUGUCGUGACUGACAGAAUGGUUCAGCAGGACAUUCAGAAGCAAGAGGCGGUUUGCACGCAACAGCAAACCAAGCUAUUAGUAACAGAGACUACUAAAAUGCAGGUAAAGGCAGGAAAGUCAAAUGAUGUGUCAAAGGAAGUGUUGGCGAAAGGUAUAAGUAAAGUAUCCCAUAAAGACGAAGCUCAGCUUAAGGAGAUUACAGAUUCAGAGAAAUGCAGUGUGAUCCAGAAGCUGUUUGCCAAAAUAAAGGAACUUGAGAGUGCACCAAGCAAAGUAGACUCCAACUCUGUCAGGGCAGCUAUAGACGAAGUUCCUGAAUGGGUGAUGGGCUUAGAUGAGAAAAAGAAUUUUAGCGAACUUGCUAAACAGCAAAGCAAGAAAAAGUUGAAAGAGAUGAUGGCUUAUGUGAAACACAUUAUUCAGACAAAACUCAUUGUUUUGGAGAAAAACCUGACUGCAAUAGAAAAGGAAGUGAAAGAAGAAAAAGAAGAACCACCUGUUCCUGUACCGGUGCCUUCGCCUGUGCCUCCACCUGUUCCUCCAAAACCUGACAUGAAGGUCUUGAGUGGGGCAACUGCAAAGAUGUUGAAGGCUGGCAGUGGCUCGUUCAAAACACAAAAGAAGGUAGUGGAAGAGAAGAAGUCAGUUCAGGAGAGCAGAGUCCAUCAGGACCUGAGUGAAGUGACUGGUCAGAGAAUUUCUUCCCCCUUAGCAAGCAUUCGUACACCAUCACCUACUUUCAUUACAAUUGAGUCAAGGAGAGUGGACUCACCACUUAGAGUGACACCUUCUCCUCCCCCUUACAAGUCAGUUGGGACACCACCGCCCCCUCCUCGCAGAACUUACACUCCUACAUCUACUUUCAGCAGAGCCACGCCAUCUCCCACUCUCAGCCGCUCUGAAAAGCUCAUGAAAUUGAGGGAUACCACCUCAAAACUUUCACGUGGAAUGACACCACCUCCUCCCAUGCCAGUACCAGAGUAUUUUGCCGGUGAAAGAGAGCGCACGUCAUCUUUUAGUGACAUGGAGACUGGUGCUGACAGAAGCGACUAUGGACUGGUGGAUGUUACGGAGAUGGGGGAUUCCAUGAUGACGGUUAAGGACAAAAAGUCUUUCUUCGAGGAGGCGCAAAAGGCUGAUGUGAACAAGAUGUAUACCAGGAAGGAUCCCAUUGACAUCCCUGAACGUUUGGGACCUGAUGCUGAGGACACCACUGAGAUCGUGACCACAGACCUUAUGAAAGAAGAUCUCCCAAGGGUUGAUUUAUCAAAGCUAGUGAACAGAUUUGAGUCUCACCAACCGAAAAUGUACACAAGAAAGGAUCCUAUUGUCAUCUCAGAGAGACUCGAGAGUGAUAUUGAGGAUACAGAAGCUGAAGCACAUACCCCAAGAACUGAAGAAAUCCCUACUUUUAAUGUCAAAGCAAUAAAGGAUGUGUUUGAGACAGGAGAGCAUGGUUCUCAAGCAGCCCGAGAGCUUAGAGAACAAAUAGAACGGCGAGAACCUGAGCCAGGGGGUCACACUGAAACAACUUCGGUCACUGAGCAGUUCUGCACCGUUGACGACUUUGGUAACAUGACAAGAGAGACAAUUAGUGAGAUGCAUUCUGGAAGUUUGCUAACUCGUGGUAACCCUCCAUCCUACGCUGAUGUAGUGAGGGGUACAGUUCCAACGGUCUCUGUGCCCCCCGAGGCCUCCGCGGAAAAAAUGCUGAAAAACCUUCAGCAGUCAUGGGCCGAGAGCCAAGGAGUUUUUCAGAACCUGGGUUUUAGCGUCACGGAGCAGAGGACUUCCCAAACCAUAACACACCAGCAGGAGACCUUUAUGACGGAAAAUUCGAAUUCCAGAGUCCGAGCUGUGCAGGGUGUGUCGGAAGAGGGUAUACCCCAUGGAAUCCCUGAUUGCAGACCAACAAAACUUCCAUAAAAACUGCUUUCGCUGUGAACUCUGCAAAGGCAAACUAAGUCUCGGCAACUAUGCCUCUCUCCAUGGACGAAUGUACUGCAAGCCUCACUACAAGCAACUAUUCAAGUCCAAAGGAAAUUAUGAUGAAGGAUUUGGACAAAAGCCACACAGAGAGCUUUGGAAUAAUAAGAACCAGAAGAAU